AUGGAGGGAGAGCUGGAUGUUCCAGAGAGCCUGGACUGUGGCGUCAGGAGCAGUGGGGUGUUCAGGGUGGACAUGGAAGAGGCUUUGGGAAGUUCAGUGUCUGAAACAAAGGCUCCCCCCCACCCAGCACCGACAGCUGCCGCCCUCGAGCCUUUCACCGUCAACUUCACCAUCACCAACCUCCCCUACAAUUCCGACCUGGAGAAUCCAGACUCGGCAAGGUUCAAGUCUGCACAACGAGUCAUGAACACCUUGCUCGACCGCCUGCUGAAGGAAACCAGCAUUGGCCCCGAUUUCCAGGGAUUGAGCAACAAGACCAGAGGCAUCACCCAGCUGGGCCCCUACAGCCUGCACAAGGACAGCCUCUACGUCAACGGCUACAACGAGCAGCCAGUCCUGCCCACUCCCCCCCACCCAGCACCAACAGCUGCCGCCCUCGAGCCUUUCACCGUCAACUUCACCAUCACCAACCUCCCCUACAAUUCCGACCUGGCCAAGCCUGACUCAGCAAGGUUCAAGUCGACACAACGAGUCAUGAACACCUUGCUCGACCGCCUGCUGAAGGGAAGCACCAUUGGCCCUGAUUUCCAGGGAUGUCAAUCAACAGCAUUCAGGCCGGGCAGCCAAAGGGACGAGACCCGGGUGGACGCCGUGUGCACGUACAGGAAGGAGCCCUCGGCUCCACCUUUGGACAGGGUGGGCCUGUACCACCAAGUGAGCAACAAGACCAGAGGCAUCACCCAGCUGGGCCCCUACAGCCUGCACAAGGACAGCCUCUACGUCAAUGGUUACAAUGAGCUGCAGCCUGAGCUAUCUGCUCCUCAAAAUGCACAACCUCUGCCACCAGCAGUGAGGAACUUCACUUUGAAUGUCACUAUAACCAACCUCCCGUUCACUGCAGAUAUGGCAACACCAAAUUCCAGGAAAUUCAAGUCAACAGAAAAAGUCAUGUCCUAUUAUGUUGACCCUUUACUCCAAAGAAGCAGCAUUGGCCCUGCUUAUAUUGGGUGCAAAGUAAUGGCAUUCAGGUCAAAUAAGAACAGGGAUGACACAGCAGUAGAUGCCAUGUGCAGCUGUAGAGAUGAGCCUUCAGGUCCCAAAUUCAACAGAGAAACCAUUUACCAUGAACUGAGCAACAUGACAAAUGGCAUCACCAAGCUGGGACACUUCAGCCUUAACAGCCAGAGCCUCUACAUUGAUGAUUACAAUGAACCACACAGUCUGUCAUGUAAGUAUAUUUAA